AAGUGGAACACACCGACACACUCGCACAAAAAAACCCAGUGGAGUUUCACCAUGCAUGUGUCCAACCAGCGGAGGAUCAGCGUCAUUUAAAAAGAUAAACAACGGGACUUGGGAGUGUUACAAGAAGCCGGCCAGCAGACAGGAACAAAAACACAGCGCCUCCAGACAUGGCCAGCACCCAGACCAGCUUGAAAACCUCCUUCAAAGACUUGACCUCAUUCAAGGGAAGCAUGAAGCGUCUGUACAGGGAGCGGCUGGAGGACGCGCCCAUCAAGAAGCGAGUGAUGGCCGAGAUCAACCUGAAACGCCGCAGCCUGGAUUCCUUCCACAAGACGGCCAAAGUGAAGCGGGAGUACAUCGAGGAGCCGCAUCACGACGCCGACCCGGGGGCCGACCUGCACGGGGCAUCCUCGGCUAAAGCCCUGGAUCUGAGCCCGGGGCUCAAACACACGUUGGCCCAGUUCACUCUGAGCAGCCAGAGCUCCCUGGGGGGCCCGGCCGCCUUUUCAGCGCGCAGCAGCCACGAGCAUUCCCACGCUGGCAUGCCCCCUCUGCCCUCGCCCCCCGUCCUGGGGGGAGGCCCUCUGCUCGUCCCCUGCGACAGCUCCACCGAGCUCACCCACUCGCUCCUGGAGGGCGAGUCCAUCUCCUGCUUCGUGGUGGGGGGCGAGAAGCGCCUCUGCCUGCCCCAGGUGCUCAACUCGGUGCUGCGCGACUUCUCUCUGCAGCAGAUCAACACCGUGUGUGACGAGCUCUACGUGUACUGCUCACGCUGCGACGCGGAGCAGCUGCAUAUUCUCAAGGUGCUCGGCAUCCUGCCCUUUAACGCGCCGUCCUGCGGCCUCAUCACGCUGACGGACGCACAGCGGCUGUGCAACGCUCUCCUGCGCCCCGGGGCCACGCUGCCCGCCGACCUCAGCGUCAAGCUGUCGGCGCAGGGCCUGCUGAAGGAGACGGAGGCCGGCUUCCAGGUGGAGCACCAGUGCCUAGGGAAGUGCCAGGGCCUCUUCGUGCCCCAGUUCUACACCCAGCCCGAGGCGCCCUGCAUCCAGUGCGUCGAGUGCCACUUGCUCUUUUCCCCGCAGAAGUUUGUCAUGCACUCGCACAAGUCGCCUGACAAGAGGACCUGCCAUUGGGGCUUUGACUCGGCCAAGUGGCCCUGCUACCUGCAGCUAGCCAGGAAGUACCAGGGCUCGCCCGAAGAGGCCAAAAUCAAGCAGCUGCUGGACGAGGUCAAAGAGAAGUUCCACUACCAGCUCAAGAGGUCGCUCGACAAAAAAGAGGCCGAGGACGACGAAGAGAGCCAGGCGCACAGACCCUCCUCAGACCUCUGCUCCCCAGGCAGCAAGUUGGCUGAAGCGGAGCUCACGAGAAAGGAGAAAACAUCUCCCCCAAGUGUGAUGUAUAAAGGCCUUUUCUCAGACAUCAAGGAGGAGCCAGGACACCCCACCCUGGUUCACCCCAGCUACUACCUGUACACGUACGAUAAGAUGGUGGCUCCCAACGUGUCAGUGCGGCGGGAGACGGAGAUGAGCCCCGAGAUGCUGGGAACGCUGCUCAAACACCACUACGGGCGCCGGGUGCUGCACCCCGAUGAACCCCCCAUGGAUCUUCACGCGUCGCCUCCCCUCACCGUUGCCAAGGAGGCCAAAUCCCAACAUGCCGCUGCCGCCUCGGCCGGCGAACACGAAUGCCAAGCCCAGGCAGUUUCCAUGGAGACCGGCAGCCUGAGCGGCAAGAUAGCCGCUCACGCCCCCACUCCUCCUCCUCAUCCUCCCGCAUCGCCGCCGGUAACGGGGGAGGACACGGGCUGCGGCGGAAGCGUGGCGGUGGAGGACGACAAGGACAGGAUCGUGGUGGAGAUCAUGCAGAUGUACGGCAGGCAGCAGGAGAAGCUCAACUCUACCCUGCACAAACAGCUGCAGCUGGAAAUGGAGCUGGAGGCGCUGCGUGGCGGCGAGGCGGUAAGGCUACGCGAGCUCAGCGCCGAGCAGCGAGAGCUCCGCACCGAGCUGGAGGCGGUGCACAGCGAGCAGGCGCGCCAGCUCGGCCGGGCGCGCCAGGAGCAGCUGGAGCUGGAGGCGCGUCUGGAGCAGCUGCGGCAGCAGGCGUGCGCUUGCGAGCCGGCUUUCCAGCGCCAGCAGGAGGCGCACUACACCGCACAGCUGUCGGAGCUGCGUCAGAGGCUGGAGCGAGCCGAGGCCGACCGGCAGGAGCUGCAGGAGGAUCUGCGGCGUGAGCGCCAGGCGCGGCAGGACCUGGAGCGCACCAUCGGCCAGCUCAAGCAGCAGAUGGUGCAGUCCGGCAGCCCCUCCCCUCCUCUCACCCCCUCCACCGGACCCCCCAACGCCCAUUCACCGGCCUCCUCCUCGUCCUCCCCUCCUUCCUCCUUCCCGGAGGCCCCGGCGGCGACCCCAAAGUAACUGAACCCUCAUUCCUCUCCUCCAUCUUGAGGCAUCUUGUUUUUUCUUGUUGUGCUCCUCACCUCAUAUUAUUAUUAUUAUUAUUAUUAUUAUCCUCUCAACAAACAGUAUUUGAAGAUUUUUUUGUUUAGCAUGAUUUUAAUUUAUAUCUUUUAAUGGGCACAACCACCGCUGCUCGGUCGUGGAGAGAACCAGCUCACUUCUUCUUCUUCUUACGCGGCACACAGAGUCAAGGACCUUUACUCUUUCUAAAGAAAAACAAUAUAAAACUGCCUCAUGUGAAUAAGCCAAUGGUGAACCAGGCACUACUCCUCAAGGUCGCGGGCGAGACUAGACGCCCGCCCUCGUCCACAAUGAGGCCCCUUCCCACUUUUAGGCCAGACAAGAAACACUGUGCUCCACUUCAUUACUGCGCUGUACCACCGGAAGCCCCCCCUCGCCCUUCCACCCGUACCCAAACAAACCAGCCACCUCCCCCACUUGUCAUCCAUCGAGGAACGACGUGACAAGCGGUUUAAGUUUGAGAUGUUUUUCAGGCCCCGGAGUUUCCCCCGUAUUCUCCUAGGUUGAUCAACGGCACAAGCAAAGAGGGGGCACCGGCGGGCACACGUCAAACCUUUUCUUGUGUGCCAUCAGAAUCGAGGCAGCUUUUGGUGUGGAACUGCACAUGAGCGGCCCCCCUCCCCAAACUGUCCCGGCCCCCGGGGGCCCCGGGUUUAGCAUGUUGUCUAUCCAGCUACAGAAAGACUUUUUAUUCAUGUUGCCAGGCGGGAAAGUGCUUUUUAUUGCCUCGAAAGAUACCUAUAUACCCGUGUGUGUGUGUGUGUGUGUGUGUGUGUGUGUGUGCGUGUGUGUGU